AAAGUCGUCACUCAAGGCGGUGAAGAGAGAAAACAUGGGAGUGCAAGGGCUUUGGGAGCUACUCGCUCCCGUAGGUCGCCGCGUCUCCGUAGAAACCCUAGCCGGAAAACGAUUAGCUAUCGAUGCGAGUAUAUGGAUGGUACAGUUUAUAAAGGCGAUGCGUGACGAGAAGGGCGAUAUGGUGAACAACGCUCACUUGAUCGGAUUUUUCCGGAGGAUUUGCAAACUUUUGUUUCUAAAGACUAAACCGGUUUUCGUCUUUGACGGUGGGACUCCGGCGUUGAAACGACGUACUGUUAUUGCGCGGAGGCGUCAGCGUGAGAAUGCGCAGACGAAAAUUAGGAAAACUGCGGAGAAGUUGUUGCUUAAUCGACUUAAGGAGAUGAGGCUUAAGGAACAAGCUAAUGAUCUUAAGAAGCAAAGGCUGGAGCAGAGUAAGAGUGAUGGAGGUAAGAAGCGUGUGUCUUCUGAAACUGUGGAAGAGCCUUUGCGAGGCUCUGGAGAUGAAGAUGGUGCGGGGGGAAGUUGUUUUCAGGAGGAAAAGAUAGAUGAGAUAUCUUCAGCAUCUAUGGUCGGAGAAAAUGUUAAUGAUGAUGUCACUAAAGGAUCCUUGAAGUAUGAUCCCAAGGGAAAAGGAGUUUUGGUGGAUGAGGACGAUCUAGAUAACAGAAUGAAGAGUAAUAUUGAACAGGGUUCCUCAGCAGGGACGAAGGAUUAUCAAGAAAAGUUGGAUGAGAUGUUGGCGGCAUCCCUUGCAGCAGAAGAAGAGGGAGCUUUUACUAACAAAGCAUCGUCUUCAGCUGCAGAAAUUCCAUCUGAGGAAGAGGGUAGCGAUGAAGAUGAGCAAAUUCUUUUGCCAGCAAUGGAUGGGAAUGUCGACCCAGCUGUUUUGGCUUCUCUUCCUCCAUCCAUGCAACUUGAUCUCCUUGCUCAGAUGAGAGAAAAAUUGAUGUCAGAAAACCGGCAAAAGUACCAAAAGGUCAAGAAGGCCCCUGAAAAGUUUUCCGAAUUGCAAAUAGAAGCAUAUCUCAAAACUGUAGCCUUCCGUCGAGAAAUAAAUGAAGUUCAAAGAACUGCUGGUGGGAGGGCUGUCGGUGGUGUUCAAACUUCUAGGAUAGCUUCUGAAGCGAACAGAGAGUUUAUCUUUUCAUCUUCUUUUUCUGGCGACAAAGAAGUACUUGCGUCUGCAAGAGAAGGAAGAAAUGAUGGAAAACAGAAAAAUACGCCAAAACAGCCUUUGCCAAUCCCUGUUAAGAAUAUGUCUUCGCUCAAUAAAUCAGAUACUACUACCGAGUUGGAUAGGGAUGAACCAGCGAAUCCUGAUGAAAAUAUUGAAGUGUAUAUAGAUGAAAGGGGUCGUUUAAGAAUUAGGAACAAACACAUGGGGAUCCAAAUGACUCGUGAUAUCCAGAGGAACUUACAUUUGAUGAGAGAAAAGGAGAAAACAGCUUCUGUUUCUACGUCGAACAAUGAUGAAACGCUCAACGCCUGGGAGAAUUUUCCUUCUGAGGACCAGUUUCUUGAAAAUUUACCUGUUAAUAAAGGCGAUGGUGUAAAUCUGGAUAACCAGAAUGAUGAUUCCAUACUGCGAAAUCAAUCUGCAAUAGAGAUAUCGUUUGAACAUGGUGGUGGAAAAGAUCUUGAUGAUGAAGAUGAUAUGUUUCUUCAGUUGGCAGCGGGAGGACCAGUGACCACUAGUUCUGCAGAAAAUGAUCCUAAAGAGGACUCUGUGUCGUGGGCAUCUGACAGUGAUUGGGAAGAAGUGCCUGCUGAACAGAGUAGUGUUAUCUCUAAUCUUGAAGUGAAUUCAAGCAAUCAGCAGAAUCCCGAGAAUAUUAGUACAGAUGAGGAUGCAGCAAGGGGAGACCCUACUUGUGAAAAUGCCAGUACCUCCAUGGAGAACGAUACAGUAACAAAGUUCUCAAAAGGUUAUUUGGAAGAAGAAUCUGAAUUGCGAGAGGCUAUCCAGAAAAGUCUCCUUGACUUACAUGAUAAGGAAUCCGAGGAUGUCCUUGAAGAAAAUCAAACUGUGGGGGUAAAUCAAGUUGCUGACAAGUCAGAUCAGGAUAGUCUGUUUUCUAGUGAAACCGUUGGUAAAGCUGAGGAAGAGGGAAGUCUGGACGGAAUACCAAUCUUGAAAGCUAGUGGUGCUAUAAAUGAGCAGUACAAUACUUCGGUAACGGACAAUGUAGAUGGCCACAGAGAUAUAACGAAACAAAUUGGUACGCACCCUUCUUCCAGUUCUGACAACGUUGGACGUGCUGUGAGAAACGAAAUGCCACAAGUAAAGUCAGUGAUCUCACCCGAGAAAUCAUUUACAAUUGCUAGUGAGAGCAGCAUGGUGUCCUCCAUGGCUAAGCAAAAUAAUGAAGACGGUUCUGAAAGUUUUGGUGGAGAAUCUAUCAAAGUGUCGGCUAUGCCCAUAGCUGAUGAGGAGAGAAUCAGUUCGCACAUAGGGAUACUCUAUGACACAGAUUCACAGCAAGAAACAAGGGAUGAAAAUAAAUUUAACGACCGCACUUUAAAUAUUGAGAGUUCAACAGAUUUAGAAGAGAAAACCGUGCCUGUUGAACUUUCAGAAGCAAUUUUGGAGGAGGAAAUCCGAGUUCUUGAUCAAGAAUAUGAAAAUUUAGGUGAUGAACAGAGGAAACUUGAGCGGAAUGCUGAAUCUGUUAGCAGUGAGAUGUUUGCGGAAAUCCAGGAGUUACUCCAAAUAUUUGGAUUACCAUACAUUAUAGCUCCCAUGGAAGCAGAGGCACAGUGUGCAUUUAUGGAACAAUCAAACCUUAUUGAUGGUAUUGUCACUGACGAUUCUGAUGUAUUCUUGUUUGGAGCAAGGAGUGUGUACAAAAAUAUAUUUGAUGAUCGCAAAUAUGUGGAGACAUACUUUAUGAAGGACAUUGAGAAGGAGCUUGGCUUGAGCAGAGAUAAAAUAAUCCGCAUGGCACUGCUGCUAGGAAGUGAUUACACGGAAGGAAUCAGUGGAAUUGGUAUUGUCAAUGCUAUUGAAGUUGUGACUGCAUUUCCCGAGGAUGAUGGGCUUGAGAAAUUUCGUGAAUGGGUUGAAUCACCUGAUCCAACCAUUUUAGGAAAGACUGAUGCAAAAGCAGGUUCCAGUAUAAAGAAGCGUCGAUCUGGCUCCGCAGAUAAUGAAAGUAACUCAGGUGUCUCGGCUGAUGACACUGAAGAAAUCAAGAAAAUCUUCAUGGAUAAGCAUAGGAAGGUAAGCAAGAACUGGCACAUUCCAGCUACUUUCCCUAGCGAAGCUGUUAUUUCUGCCUACUUGAAUCCACAAGUGGAUCGGUCGACCGAGAAUUUCUCAUGGGGCAAGCCUGAUCGCUUAGUUCUUAGAAAGCUGUGCUGGGAAAAGUUUGGUUGGAACGGUAAGAAGACAGAUGAUCUGCUACUACCUGUCUUGAAGGAGUAUGAAAAACGCGAGACGCAACUUCGUAUGGAAGCUUUCUAUUCCUUCAGUGAAAGAUUUGCAAAGAUCCGUAGCAAAAGGAUUAAAAAGGCUGUCAAAGGAAUUGGCGGAGGUCUAUCGUCAGAAGUGGUUGAUCAUGCUCUACAUGAAGGUCCAAGAAAGGGAAACAAGAAAAGACUCUCUCCCCAUGAAACUGAAGAUAACACUUCAGAGAAAGAUUUAAGUAAAACCGGUGAGAAAGAGAAAACCAAAAGGAAUCGCUCUGAAAAACCAUCUAGUAGUAGAGGCAGAGCCCAGAAAAGAGGACGAGGAAGAGGAAGGGGCCGAAGAAACCUCCUUCUUGAGUUAUCCGACGGUAGUUCUGAUGGUGAGGGUGAUGACAAUGAUAAUGUAGUUGGUUUGCAGGCACCUAAUGAAGCAAAACCGGACAAUCCUCAAAAAGUGCGAAAGUCAACACGAUCUCGGAAUCCUGUGAAGUACAGUGAGAAAGAAGAUGAUCAAUUGGAAAAGUCAAGAGGCAAUGGAGAAUCCCUUAGUGAGAAUUUGGAAGAUGACGAUGAUGAUUUUCUCAAAAAGUUGGGCGAAUUAGAAAAUGUCUCUGAAGAAAGAGCACAUAAUGAAACAACAACCAUCGAUGGAUCAAUUAACAACGAGUGUCCGUCUGAAGACUAUAUCCAAAUGGGAGGUGGGUUCUGUGUAGAUGAAGCUGAGACCGGAGGAGAUGUUCAUUUGGAGAAUAAAGCUACUGAUGAUUACAAAGUGAUGGGUGGUGGAUUCUGUGUUGAAGAAGAUGAAACAGGUGAGGAAGAUGAUGCAAUGGAUGCAGAGCUGUUAGAAACAGAUGAUGUAAACAGCCAAACCAAAGCUAAACGUCGAAACGAAGAAGAUGCGUCAUUGGAGGAGGUUGAUGAUAUUGAAAUUGGGAGUUCUUCAGCCGUAGGAUUAAGUGCUAUGCCUUUCUUGAAGAGAAAGAAGAGGAAGAGCUGAUAAAGUAGGAAAUUACUAUUGUAUGAUUUUUAUGAUGAUUCUUUUAAUUUGAUUUGACUAUUAACAAAUAAUUAUGAUGUGAAUAGAAUCUUUGAAAGUGCAAACUUCUGCAAAAGGAAGAAGUAGUAAAGCUUUGUGGAAAACAAUAAAGGUAAAGGGCAAAAAGAACUAGUGAAGAGAUCGAGAAUCCA